CUUUCUUCUGUUCAAAUGUGAAGGUGGCCUUACAAAUUAAGAUCGCAACAGCAUGUAUCUAUCUUUCUUUCAUGUUUCAAGUAUAAUCAUGAGAAGCCAAUAACUGACAUUCGAUGCUUUCUCUUGAAGGAUAAUCAAGUUUUAGAUGAAGUCCUUGGUAGAGAUUGAAACAAAGUAGUGUCAGGGCAAUGGUACAGCUUUGGUCCUUGCAAAUGCAUUCUCCUACAAAGGAGCAUGGGAUCGAAAACUCAGUACAUCAAAAACUGAGUGCUAUACUUCCACUUUGUCAAUAUACAGAUUUUUCGAGUUCCCUCCACGACGACAUCUAUAAGGGUCCUUUGACGGUUAUAAGCUCUCCAAAUUCCCAACAAAAAGGAAUUGCAUCAACUCGUGCUAACGACAACGUCGUUAAAUAAACACACUUUGAAAGCUCCGUUACAAUGUACUGCUUUGUUGACACGGCAAAACAUGAGGAAUUGCAUCAACUCAUGCUAACGACAAUGUCGUUAAAUGAACACGCUUUGAAAGCUCCGUUUCAAUGUACCUACCAAUUGUAUGUUUAAACAUAUGUAAAAGAAAUUGUUGCUAACUUGAUACUUUGGACAUAACAAUGGAGGGCCAAGUACAGAUCCCAUCAGGAAAUGUUGAUACUAGCUUCUGCUUGGAUAUGGCAUUCCAUAUUUUUCUGAAAGAAGCUGACGGCGCAUCAAACUUUGUGUUCUCGCCUUUUUCGUUCCAUUGUAUGUUGAGCCUUAUUGCUGUAGGCUCAAGGGGGUCUACCCUGGAGCAGCUGCUUUCAUUUCUAAAACUGAAAAGCCUCGAUGAGCUGAAAUCUUUGGCUUCGCAGGCUAUCACUUCUGUAUUAUUGCCAUCAAACUGGAGCGAGGACCAAACCGGAAGUCCAAUUGUGUCAUUUGUCAAUGGUGCUUGGGUGGAUCUAAGUUAUCGUUUGAAGCCUUCCUUUCAGGAGGUGGUGAAAGGCGUUUACUGUGCUACAGCCAAAGAGGUUGACUUUGUAAAUGAGGCUAAUCAAGUGUUGAAUGAUAUUAAUUCGUGGGUGGAGACUGAAACCAGAGGAAUCAUCAAAAACCUUCUCCCUUCGAAGUGUUUGGGCGAUGAUACAGCUUUAGUCCUUGCAAAUGCACUCUACUUCAAAGGAACAUGGGAUCGGAAAUUCGAUGCAUCAAAAACUAAAUAUAAUGACUUCCAUCUUCUUGGCGGACAGAUUGUUCAAGUUCCUUUCAUGACCAGCAAAAGAUACCAGAGACAUCUUUAUGGAUGCUUUGAUGGCUAUAAGAUUCUCCAAAUUCCCUACCAAAAUGAUCAAGACACCAGGCAAUUCUCCAUGUACUUCUUUCUUCCAGAAGUAACAGAUGGCUUGCACAGUCUGAUUCAAGUAUUCAAAUCCAGCCCUGAACUCUAUACUAUGCAAUUCAAGUUACGAGAAGAGGAUCUUCCUGAGUUUUGGAUUCCAAGAUUUAAGUUCUCAUUCAAGUUUGAAGCCUCAAAAAGUAUGAAGGAAUUGGGACUGGAACUACCUUUCAAGGCUGUUGGAGAACUGUCGGAGAUGGUUGAUUCUGCUAAGUCCCUGUUCUUGUCAAAUGUAUUUCAUGCGUCCUGUAUUGAGGUUAAUGAAGAAGGCACGGAAGCAGCAGCUAGUACUGCUCCAAGAUUGAUUAGACAAUCUCGCCGGUUGAAUCCUCCAAGUUUUGUAGCUGACCAUCCUUUCUUAUUCUUGAUCAGGGAGGAGAAAUCGGGAAUGACAUUCUUCAUCGGAGCUGUGAUCAACCCUCUCUUGGUGUCCUGAAAUGUAGCCAGGACAACGCUUCAGAAAAGAAGCUUCACCAUAUGGUAAAAAUAGUAUAUGGAUCUUGCUUUUCUAUCAAUUGCAGUAAACUGGUAUGACGCAAUCUGUGAACUCAUUGCAAUUUCUGAAUGCUGCCAGGAGCAUUGCCUUGUUGUGGAUGGAAAUAUUACUUUGUUCAAACCGCAAUUUCUUUGUAGAUAAUUCGGUAGUCUAUGAGAACAGCUUGUCUGAUUAACAGGCCACUUGAACUCUCCAUUUUUUGUUUUAAAUUAUCAGAGGUUUU